CCAGACCGCGAGUGCAAUUGCAAUUUGUCAAUAAAUCAUGACUAAAUAUUUUUAUAAUCAUUCAAGUCAGUUAAAAAGCUCAAACAAUUAAGUGAAUAUUUUUUCGUCAAUUGGAAAAUUAAUUUUGAAAAUUGUUCCAAGUUUUUUCUGUUGAAUUUUUAUACUGAAGAGAUUUAAAGUGCAAAGAAUGUCUAAAGCAACAUCUGUGUGAUUUAUUAAGUCUUCAUCAACUUGAGUUUAAUAACAACAAUCAUUGUUUAAGAAUCAAUAUAAUUUAAUCAAUGAUUUAAGUAGGGGUUUUAAACAUAAGAUAUGGGAUUUAAUUUACAUCAGGAUGGUUGUGGUAACGUCAUCAGAAGUUGCAGUUGUUGAGGAUUUCUCAAAGGAUACUCUUGGGAGAUUGCGGAUUCGGUACGUGAUGCCGGCGGCGCACCUGACGCUGCGUGAGGAGGACGUGGUGCGACUGACCCUAGAAUUUCUUCAUGGUCGCGACCUUCACAUAACGCAGCUCUCACUUGAGCGCGAAACAGGCGUGAUAAAUGGUCAGUACAGUGACGAUGUACUCUUCUUACGUCAGUUGAUCCUUGAUGGACAGUGGGACGAUGUCCUGGAGUUCAUUCAGCCUCUUGAAGCAUUGCCUGACUUCGAUAUGAGAAAGUUCACAUAUUCUAUUCUACGUCACAAAUAUGUAGAACUACUUUGCAUCAAGUCCGAAGCAAACGUUAUAGCUGGAACUAACGGCAGUGUUGACAAUGCUGUGGAAGAGGUUGUCAAAGUCUUAAGUGAUCUGGAGAAAGUUGCACCAUCGAAAGAGGAAUACAGCAGCCUUUGUCUUCUGCUCACAUUACCAAGACUUACAGACCAUCUUCAGUACAAAGAUUGGAAUCCAAGUAAUGCUAGAGUUCAAUGUUUUAAAGAAGUUCAUCCUUUGGUAGAAAAAUUUUUACCAGGAGAUAGGAAAGUAGACCCAACUCAUCCGAUUACGACUGCAAAAAAUGAUAGACUUAUUCAAUUAAUCAUCAAGGGCAUUUUAUACGAGUCUUGUGUUAAUUAUUGUCAAGCCAAGGCAACUGGAUCUAAGGAUAGUGAACAGGUGGAGAUGAGUUUCUCAAGACUAUUAGAUGGCUCAGUAGGAUUUAGCGACUCGGAUCUUAGUUUAUUGUCUUGGCUGCAGAGUAUUCCUCCUGAGACGUUUGCGGUGCCUUUUGCUCAGCGGACAUUAAAUGUAGAUGUAGAGAGGUUGGAAAGACCAUCCUUGGAGACUUCUUGGACUGAACACAUGCUAAUAACGCCAAUAAAGCCAAAGACCUUCCCACAUAGUGCAAUGCCAUUUACACGUCCGCGAUCAGCAGCUGAUAUGAUGUCUAGAAGUCUUGUACCAGCUUUAGAAGCUGGUCUUGGACCUAGAAGUCCUGGUCCAAAACAUACUGCUCUUCCUUCUGCUGCUUUAAUGGCUCUUUCUACUGGUGAUAUUAAUAAUAUGUCACGAUCAUCUUUUGCUAGCUUUCAUUUAACUGGAUUUAAGAACAAUAAAGUUAUGAAUACUAGUGUUGAUAGGCUAUUUGAGAAUGAAGGAGACGUUUUUCUUAGCUCUAGUUAUGCUGAAUUUCAACAACUACCAUCGAUUCAGGAGACAAUCGCUAAUGCCAAUGUAAAUCAGCCAAAAGUACCACCAAGAACUCGAGGACAAUCUCAAAGUCCAGAUGGAAGUAAAAUAACUCCAUCGACAGCUUCGACACCAGAGAGAAGAGCUCCAGGUCGUGAAUCACCCGCAUUAUCAACCGCAAGAAGUUCACGAAGAGAUUCCUUAGCAGAAAAACCUACUGGUAUAGCGGCAAAAAUACCUGAACCCACAGCGAUACCUACGCGUGGAGCUAUCACUGGUGAUCAUCUUGAUCAAAGUUACAACGGUGAUUUAUUUAAAGAAUAUCAAAAACAAAAACAAAGACUUCAAGAGACUAUACAACAAAAAGAAAGGGAGAGAGAUGAGCUUGUACGUCAGCUUUCUGCCCCUAUUUCAGCCCAAAUGGUGGACAAUAGACUUCAAAAUGAAAGUGGAAAAACCCACUUGCCAAGUAAAGGACCAUCUCCAGUACACCCUGGAACGCCAAAAAGGUCUGGAAUCCAAUCUCCAAAGCCAAUUCUUAAUGGAUCUGAUCCAAUGAUACGACACAAUUCAUCAGGCAAUGUUUACGAUUCGAGAAUCCCUGAAGGUCACUAUGACACCGUAAAACCUGUUAAGCCAGAACCUAGGUCAGAUCUUGAUUCUACAAAUGGAAGUAGUCAGAGCGGAAGACCAAGAUUUGUUCCUGUCACAGCUCUCGAAGAUGUCCAAGCAGUCAGAUGUGCUGAAUUUCAUCCCCACGGAAAGCUAUAUGCUGUUGGUUCUAAUUCUAAAACACUUAGAAUAUGUGCUUACCCUAAACUUCAUGAUGUCAGAGAAGAUCAUCAAACGUAUCAACCGACUGUUCUAUUCAAAAGAACAAAACACCAUAAAGGUUCGAUAUAUUGCCUGGCUUGGACACCUGAUGGUCAACUUAUGGCUACAGGAAGCAAUGAUAAAACGGUAAAAUUGAUGAGAUUUAAUGCCGAUACCUCUAACCUCGAAGGUCAAGAAGUCGAGUUAACUAUGCACGAUGGAACAGUAAGGGAUUUGUGCUUCCUUGAGGACACUUCAAAUAAAUCUAGCCUGUUGAUAAGUGGUGGUGCUGGUGAUUGCAAAAUCUAUGUAACGGAUUGUGCGACAGGAACUCCUUUCCAAGCUCUUAGUGGCCACAGUGGACAUGUACUUAGUCUUUAUAAUUGGGGAGGUGCGAUGUUUGUCAGUGGAUCACAAGAUAAAACAGUGAGAUUCUGGGAUCUUCGAACGAGAGGAUGUGUCAAUAUGGUUACACCUGCGACAGUUCCAGGAAGCAGGGUUGGUAGUCCAGUAGCUGCAGUUUGUGUGGAUCCAUCUGGUAGACUUCUCGUGUCUGGACACGAAGAUAGCAGUUGUGUAUUAUUUGAUAUUCGAGGUGGUAGAACAGUUCAAUGUUUCAAACCUCAUGCUGCAGAUAUUAGAAGUAUUCGAUUUUCACCAUCAGCUUAUUAUCUAUUAACUGGCGGUUACGAUAACAAACUUGUUCUAACCGAUCUCCAGCGUGAUCUAACAUUACCGUUACCAAGUGUUGUGGUUGCUCAGCAUCAAGAUAAAGUCAUUUCUGGCCGUUGGCAUCCAACUGAAUUUUCAUUUCUCAGUACUUCUGCAGAUAAAACAGCCACUCUAUGGGCUUUACCGCCAGUUUGAACAAAUUGAAAUGAUUAAAAUACUCAUACGUAAUUUUAUUUCUUCAAUUGCAAUAAUAAUUUGAUAUUAUUUUGCUAUGUGACGUAAAAUGCUAAUCAUUACGUUAAAUUCGCACAAUCAAUCAACCAUGACCAAUAAAAACUAUUUUUAUGUUAAUGCUUUAAAACAAGAGAUACGAAAUAGAUUAAUAAAAAUAAAAACUAAAAAAAUGAAAAAAAAAAUACUCGGAAUAUUUAACAUGAUUAAUCUUUUACAAUAAUCAUUAUUAUUAUAAUAAAUUGUUGAUUAAUAUAUCGAAUAAUCGAGAGAUAAAUCGAAUGAUUAAUAACAAUAAGACUGGAUUUAAAAUCUCAAUUCAAUUGUCUGUAAACAAAAUAAUGAACAAAAAAAAAUUAAACCUUCAACAAUGAAGAACAAAUUGGCGGUUACGGGUCAUUUUCAAUUGCAAUUUUUUUAAUUACACGUAAUUAUUUAAUUUUUGCAUUAAAACAUUAAUGUAUAUAAAUCAGUUGACCUUAAAAAAAUAAUUAAGUCAAAACAAAGAUCGUUAAUUUUUGUACAGUUAAAAAAUC